UUUGCUCGUAUCUCUUUUCAGAUCGCAUCACAGUCUUCACAAAUCACUCGAACUAAUUGCCGUGAAAUUAUCCGGAAAACAUUUUUAGAUCGACAUCUUUCCUCAAGGUCUGUGGAUAUUAUAUUAUCUUCGUUGUCUGAUAAUACCUAUAAGCAAUACAAUGUAUGUAUUAGAUCAUGGAUCAAGUAUUGUGAGAUUAAUCAUUUUUGUUAUUCAUCUGCGUCUGUUCCUGUAAUUAUACAUUAUCUUACGCAACUUUUUGAUCAGGGAGCAAGGUAUGGCACAAUUAACUCUCAUAGGUCAGCUAUUAGUUUAUUGAUGGGCCAUUCCAUAGAUGAUGAUAGAUUAAGAAGAUUUAUGAAAGGAAUAUACAAAUUAAGACCUCCUGCGCCAAGAUAUGAUAUUGUUUGGGAACCUAAUAUAGUUUUAGAUUAUUUAAGUCAAUUUUGGCCUAAUGAGAGUUUGAGUUUAAAUGAUAUUUCUAAGAAAACAGUUACUCUUUUGGCUUUGGUAACGGCUCAUCGUGUCCAGACAAUCUCCCUUAUCAAAAUUAAAAAUAUAAUUAUUAAUCAAGGAAAUUAUAUAAUUGUUAAAAUAUCUGAUUUUAUUAAAACUUCUAGACUAAAUGAGAAUCAACCUGUGCUAAAACUCCCUUUCUUCACUCCUCGGCCUGAAAUUUGUCCAGCUUUAAGUAUUAUCCAGUAUUUAAAUAAAACUAGUUCGUUACGCAAUUGUAACCAAGAAAAAAUAUUCUUAAGUUUAAAGAAACCUUAUAGAGAGGUUUCAUCUCAGACUUUAGGCCACUGGAUUAAGACUACCUUGCAUAAUAGCGGUGUGGAUACAUCUAUAUUUAGUGCUCAUAGUACUCGCCAUGCAUCCACAGCGUCUGCUAAAAAACUAGGAGUAAAUAUAGAUAUUAUAAGAAAGACAGCUGGUUGGAGUGAAGCGUCUGGAGUUUUUUGCCAAAUAUUACAAUAAAGAAAUUGUUAAUGACCAAGAAUGUUUCGCACGAUCUAUCUUAAAUAACAAUUGUUAAAAACAAAGGAAUAAAUAAAUGAUUAUUUAAAAGUUUUUCGUAUUAUUUUUACUUAAUCUACUUUAAACAUCUACAACUAGUAAAAUUGAAAUCGCGUCGAAUUAAGCUGCGUAGCAUAAUUUAUGAUCAAACGAACUUACCAAGUGAAGUUCGAUCCAAAUUAUGCGAGCAGCUUAAUUCGACGCGAUUUAGGAGCUCCCACCCAAAAAUUUAUUAUAGAUAAUUAUU